UCAACCUACCAUCGCGACGCGCACAUCUCCAACCACACCUGCUUAAACACCACCAGCGACUAGCAUGGCGACAGACUUUAGCCGCUUGACGGUGGUUGAGUUGCGCCAGGAGCUGAAGCGGCGCAACCUGUUGCAGGCUGGGAAAAAGGCGGAUCUCAUCGACCGAUUGGAAGCUUUCGAGAACGAGCAAACAGCUUCAGAGGCUCGCGGCGACAACCCCGUCGGUAAUUAUAACGGAGCAAAUGAUUUGCCGCAAGAGCAGAGUGCAGAAGAGCCAUCGAACGGCGACCAUUCAAACUCGGCGCAGCCAGAAAUCACGGCAGAGGCAGCGGAGUCGUUAACAGCUGAAGAGGCGCCGCAAGCUCCAAUUGCCAGCCAAGACUCGGACGGCGCACCCGAAGCGGCCAAUGAGACUCCUGUUCCGACAAGAGAGUCAGUGAUGACUCAAGGUUCGAGUGCUGAAGACGGCGUUGAUAAGCCUAGUAACGAGGCGGCACCUGCUACCGAUAUAAUCGUAGACGCUGUUAACCGCAAGCGUCGCUCACGCAGCCCUCCCCCAGAAACUGAGUCUUCCAGGAAGCGGGCACGGCCAAGUGAUAGCCACACUGCCGAAGGCGACUUACCUGGCGACAAGAAUGAUCUCCCCCCGCAAGAUCCUGAGGAAGUUCAGCCGAUACCCUCUCCGCCGCCGGCGACAGGCAACCACGAAGAAUCGCCGGAGUCAUCACGGUAUGAUCGAGAAGAUCAGGAUGCGCCUACCGAAGACCGCAACCUGAGGCAAGACCGAGAAGUCUCCCCGCAAGCCAACACCACGCGAGCAGCUGCCGACGAUCCGAUCCCGGAUGACGACAGGGACGUUGCGCCAGCACUGCAUCCUGCAACAACUGCGCUCUACAUCAAAAACUUCAUGAGGCCCCUGAGGGAGUCAGUGCUACAGGACUACCUGGUCGAACUGGCCGCAUUGCCUGGUGCCGCCCUAGACCCGGAUUGCCUUGUUCGGUUCUAUCUCGACCAAGUCCGCACUCACGCGUUUGUGAGGUUCACCAGCGUUGCUGCAGCUUCACGGGUCCGGACAGCUCUUCACGGAACCGUGUGGCCCAACGAACGCAACAGAAAGGAGCUUUGGGUUGAUUUCGUUCCCGAGGACAAGGUGGGUGAGUGGAUUGAGCGCGAACAGUCUGAGGGAGCACGAUCGUUUAGCCGCUGGGAAGUUGAAUACGUUCCCGACGACAAUGGCGUCAUUACCGUAAACUUGGUAAACGCAGAGAUGGAUUCCAGGCGCAAUUCCGCGAGGCAGCCUCCCAAUCCCCCGCUCCCGACUGGCCCUCCGCGCAAUUACCCAGGCGUCGAGGGAGCGCCCUCGGGUCCGCGCGGCCGAGGAACGAAUCACUACCGCCAGGCGCACAUGCCUCCACCGGCCUUAGCUGGCGCCAGCGCCCGGGGCCGUUUUGAGGACUAUGACCGAGGCCGCGGAUACAGGACCACCAGGGCUUAUCCGCCGCUCGAAUACAGGCCCGUCCCCGAAGACGUCGCCCUCCGGCGGCUGGACAACAUGAACGCGCACAUCACCCGGGACCGCCACCGUGACUUAGGCCGCCCGGACGAGAUCAACCGCUACACGUUCGAAGACGGCGACCUGUUUGUUGAUCGUGGCAAGGAGGCCUUCAUUGGCAUCCGCCCUCCGCACCGCGAGCGUGAGCGCCGCCGCAUGGGUAUCGGCCGUGGGGCCAGCAGCCGGGGCGGCCCUCCCCCUCCCCCUCCCCCUCCUCCGCCUCCUCGCCGUCGCACUCCGUCCCCUCGCUGGGGCUCGCGCAAUGAUGACAGUUACUACCGCGGCGGCCGCUGGGAUGACUACGAUCGCGACAACUACCGCGACCGUCGCGAUGACCGUGACCGCGACUAUGGUCGCGACCGCUACCAGGAAGACGUGCCCCGCUCGCGUCUCGAUGGCCAGCCUCUCCCCACUUAUACCGGUGGCGGUGGCCGCGGCGGCCGCGGCGCUAGAUGGGGUGGUGGUGGUGGUGGUGGCGGUGGCAGGCGGGACCGCUACUAA